GCUUGGAGAAUCAGUUCUUUUUCUUGUGUAAAAGUAUAAUUUUUUUUUUAAAAUGUCUAAAUUACAUUUAAUUUUACUAAUUUCGACUUGUAUCGUAUUAUUAAGAGCUGAUCCAGGACUGUUGCUUCGCCGUAAGAAAGGUCCAAUACCAAUUGCAAAGCCAGCCCCUGAAUAUGUCGAAAAGCAAGUGUUGGUUAUUGAACAGCAGCCACCACCCCCACCGCCACCGUGUAAAACAGACCGAUGCAAAACAUGUCACAAUGAGUGCAACGGCAACGAAAAAUGUCAUAAUGAGUGUAUUGUUGUAGAUAGGUGCAGGACAAAUUGUAAUGGAUAUGAAAAGUGUGUGAAUGAGUGUGGUACCCAUCGUGACAAUUACUAUGAAAACGAUCGGUGUCACGGAUGUCAGAUACAAUGCCCGAACAAUCGACCGCUUCUAAGACACUGUGAGCCUGGAAAAUGGUUGUAUUACAUUCAAGUGCCCAAAAGUAUUGUUCUUAGUGAUUUUGUGUCAAAUCCACAUCUUAUUGAGCUCGCUUCAGACUCAAAUUUAGAAUUGACUGCAGAUGGUAUAACUGGUCGUACGUGUCUCAAUGACAAAACUCGGUACGAUCUCAACAAACUCAAUGCUGCGAUGAUGCCCAUUCCAUUUUCUCAAAAAUAAGAAUUAUUUAUUGUAUAAAGUGUGGUGGAUGGGUGGGUAAUUUUGUAAUCAAGAAGAACCGUCCGAAGGAACCGAAACGGAAAAAAGAAUUUAGUCAAAUAUAGAAUUAUUUAUUUAUCAAA